AUGUUCGUCAAGAUCCUGUCCGUAUCUGCCAUCUUGGCUGCAGCUCAAGCAGGUUUUCUAGGAGGUCACGGAGCAACAUCCUACGCCUCAAACCAGCUCUCCGGCGGUCACGGAUAUGCUGUACCAGCUGCUCAUUACGGAGGUGGAGGAUAUGGACACGAUUCUCACCAAGACUACUAUGCCCAUCCAAAAUACCAAUUUCAAUAUGGUGUUCAAGAUCCUCACACCGGCGACCACAAAUCCCAACACGAAGUAAGGGAUGGUGAUGUCGUUAAAGGAUCCUACACUGUUGCGGAACCCGACGGUACCAUCCGUACCGUUCACUACACAGCCGAUGACCACAAUGGUUUCAACGCAGUUGUAGAAAAAUCCGGACAUGCAGUACAUCCUGAAGUUUAUGCUCAUGGCGGUCAUGGUGGAUACGACGGACAUUAUUAA